CCUCGCCCCUCGAUGGGGCCCUCGGACACCUCUCUUCCCAGUCUUUCCGUACCCAAGAGUCGAAAGAGCAUAGCCGCCAUCCCCAGCCCAAAGACGCCAAAUGCGCCUCGAAGUGGUUUACGAGCACCCUCCUCAGCAUCUCCCGCUCCCUCCAACGGCGCUGUUCCCCCCGUACCGAAAGCUGGCCAGACUCUCCGAAAAGCUGUUAGCAUCAAUUCAUUUCCGAAACCUCCCAAGGGCGACAAUCGAUUCGGCAGCAUGCCAUCCAGCCCUCUGGCAGGCGGCGACAAAGCUCGCUCUGCGCGAAAACCGAAGUCCGCUAGAGACUCCGUAGCCAGUAGUAACAAUCCAACGCCUACACCGAGUUUGUUAAAUGGCAGUGCCGAAGGAAAAUUCAUAAGCAGCGUCCGUAUGUCUGAUGGUGUCAUCAGUGUAUCAUCCCCUCCUCACAGCCGAAGUUCCUCUGCUCAGGGCUCCUAUUCCACAUCAGCGACGACAUAUGAGGACUCCGCCGACGCGUCCGGCAGCGCCUCUGAAAAACGAGCGUCGACUACUGAGGUAAAGGGCAACGUUAUCGUUAGCGUCCGAGUGCGACCAGAUGCAACAAACGACAACCACGCUGACGGAGAAUGGAUGGUCGAUGGUCGAAGAUCUCUGAUCGGAUACAAAGGAAAAGAAGGAGGCGAUUAUUACUAUGACAAUGUCUUUACGACCCAUGAUAAUAACGCCCGCGUCUACGACCACAUGGCCAAGCGCCUCGUCCGGAGAGUUAUGGAAGGUUACCAUGGUACGGUGUUUGCCUACGGCCAGACUGGAACUGGCAAGACGUUUUCCAUGCAAGGAACGGCAUCUUCACCUGGUGUCAUCCCGCUAGCCAUUACGGAUAUUUUUUCUUACAUUCGCGAAACACCCUCCCGCGAGUUCUUGCUGAGAGUGAGCUACCUUGAAAUUUAUAACGAAAAAAUUCACGAUUUAUUGAGCAUGGCCUCUGCCGGUGGCGCUGGGGCUCCUCAAGAGGAAAUCAAGCUGCGAGAAGACAGCAAGCGUGGCGUCUACGCCACCCCUCUGAAAGAGGAAAUCGUUCAGAGUCCCACGCAGCUGCUUCGAGUUAUAGCUCGAGGUGACCAAGCCCGCCGAACAGCCAGCACGCAGUUCAAUGCUCGAAGUUCUCGAAGUCACGCCGUCGUCCAAAUCAUUGUUGAAAGUCGAGAGCGAAUGCCGGGCAGUGCCAACCCUGGCGACAACAAGCGAUCAGCCAUCGUGCCCGGAGGUGUUCGAGUCUCUACUUUGAGCUUGAUCGAUCUUGCCGGCUCAGAAAAGGCUGCAGAGUCAAAGGAGCGAAGACAAGAGGGUGCACACAUCAACAAAAGUCUUCUCACUCUCGGAACGGUCAUUGCAAAGCUCUCCGAAUGGAAGGACAAGGGUGGAGAUAAAGAUGGCAAACAUCUGCCUUACCGAGACAGCAAACUGACACGUCUGCUUCAGGGAGCUCUCUCUGGUAACUCUCUUGUCAGUAUUCUUUGUACGGCUGCGCUUGGAGUGACUGGAACCGCGGCCACUGCUGCCAAUCACACCAUAGAAACUCUGAAUACCCUCAAGUUCGCGUCACGUGCAAAGAACAGUAUUGUCAGUCACGCCAAGAGAGCCGAAGAAGCGCUGGGCGCUGGAGGCGAUGGUGCUGCACGGGUGCUUUUGGAGCGUUAUCGUAUGGAGAUCCAGGAGUUGAAACAGCAGCUGGAGACCCAGGCCAAUAAGAAAAAUGACGAAGAGAUCAAGGAGCUUGUUGAGCACGACCGUGCUCAGACGGUGCAGAUGGCUGAACGGCACGAGGAGCAAAUCUUGGAAAUGCAACUUGCAAGGACGGCACUGAAAGAACGGAUUGAUCAUCUCAACCGCCUGAUUCUCAGCUCCAAGUCAGCCGGUGUCAACUCGAAUGGCACCAUGAGUGCACUUGCACGAUAUUCACAGAUUUCGCUGGUGGCGGGGUCAGCUCGAUCGUCGGUUGCCAUCUCAAUAAGGUCACCUUUGGAGCGGACGGCAUCGGUAGCGUCAAAUUCUACCAUUGGCCGGAGGUCCAGCUAUGGGGCCAAACGAAUGUCGUCGGGCGAGGCUGCUGAGAUUAUCGACGCAGAGGAGGAUAGCGUCGGCGAGAAUGGGGAUGGGAUGGCCUCUCUGACUGCGCAGAACCGAGCACUGCAAGCUGAUCUCGCGGACAAAACCCGGUACAUCUCGACGCUUGAAAAAAGGCUGCUCCAAGCCCGCCGAGCCAGCUCUUCUAGGACAUCGUCUGGCUUCUCGGUACCCACAAAGGGCAUCAUGGUGGGCGAGGACCAUAGCGUAGCUGCCUUGCUGAAGGAGAAGGACGCCGAGAUUGCCGAUCUGCGAGCCAGGUUGGACGACAAGGAUCGGAUGCUGGCUGCCUUGAGAAGCGCAGCUCGGUCGCGGGACAAUGCCGACGCAAUGACGGAACCUCGAUCGCCCCAGUCACAAGAUGGAAUCCGGAGCAGCCUCCCUCCCUGGAGUCCUACGAUCAAAGAAUCAAAGAGGAGGACGAAGAGUAUCGAUGAGAUGAACAAUAUGCUCGAGGAAAUGAUUCAAGACCGAGUCGACAACGGCCAGAUCAUUAGAGGUGUUCGGGGGAGUGUACGACUGGCG